UUGCACCAUUGUAAUCAUUGCUUUCGACCUGUACAGUUACAGCGUGGACACCGUGACUCUUUAUUGACCUCUGGACACACGAAGGCCAUCCUCCUGAUGUAUGAAGAGGACACUGAGGACUGGGCUAUGUACCUGAGGACGCUAUUUUCCCAGGCUGUGGAGUCGGAGGGGAUCCUGUUGUACCACCUGGAGCACUCUUCCCUGCAGCACUUGGAGUUGCUGAGCUUAACCUCCUACAAAUGUAAGCUGUUGAUUCUGUCUGGCAGUGUGCUGAACGGCCUCACGCUGAGGAAGCAGCAGUUUCUGGAGAAGGUGCUGGCCUCGCCGGACAGUGUGGUCACCCUGCUCUGCGGGCUGCAGAGCGCAGCGCCACUGUUCGAGGCCUUAAACAUCUCUGCGGGCAGAUGGGAGCUGUCCACCCAGCAGGGCCCAGGGGACUACAUCUCCGUGAUCCAGAGAGUCCUAGCCAGAGAUUCUGAAGCCUACCUUGAAGUUGCUGUUCCAACAGACCACAGAGUGAACAAUCCUGAGGAAAGGAGAGACAGAAACAAAGCUGAAGACUCUUUGGGAACCUCCAGAGGUGCCUCAUCCCUGGCCAUGGUGCUGCCUGCCGAAGUCCCUUGUGAGAAUCCUGGUGAGAUAUUCAUUUUUCUGAAAGAUGAAGUAGUUGGUGAAUCGGUGGAGGUUGAGUUUGCAUCAGAUGCUAAGUGCAUUCGAGCACGGCCAGCCCUUUGGGAUAAGAACAUCUGGCAUAUGAAAGCCCUAGAUUUUCCUCCUGGGUCAAUCAGUGUCCGUAUCUACUGUGAUGGAAUUCUGACAGCCACAGCAGAGAUGAAAUACUCCUCGCCAGCCGUGGUGGCAGAAGGUCCACCUAGAGCGACAGACCCAGGAGGGGCUUUGUGCUGGAAUGAUAUUGAAGAACUUGAUAAUAUUCUUACAUCUAUAUUCAAACAUGAGAUACCAUAUUAUAACUUCCAAUCUCUUCAAAGUGAAGUUUGCCCUCAAAAUGAAUAUAUGCAUAUCGAUGAACUGCCAACUCUUCUCCACUGUGCUGCAAAGUUUGACUUAAAGAACCUGGCCCUUCAACUGCUACAAUGUUCGGGAGCAAACUGGGCAGCAAAGACGAAAAAUACAAGUGGAGCUGAUGCAGCUCGCAUUGCUAAAAAGUAUGGGCAUGAAGAACUCAAGAAAAUCUUUGAAGACUUUUCAAUCCAGGAAAUUAGUAGAAAUAAUGAGCAAUUAAAUGACUACGAAGAGGAUAGAAUCUCGCCUUCUGCAUACUCUCCCUCCUCUGAGAGUCCCGCCUUGCACCGCGGAAGCAGCACUGUGCCCAGACAGGGCGAAGAAGUCACCGAAGCCACCGAGGGGUCAGAAGAGGAACAGGAGCCGGAGCCAGACGGGAAUGUGCAGCUCAGCCCCGCACAGGGGGCCAGCGAGAGCUCUGAGGACCCCUACGACGACCUGUACGUCUUCAUCCCGGGGACCAAGCCAGAUCCCGAGGGAGAGCUGCCAGCCUGCUGCAGACCCCCGCUGCCCCCACCGCGCCCGGCCUGUGCUGCCCUCCAGCCAGAGAAACCUCGCUCGCCCUUGCAGGGAAAAACCGAGGAAGGCCAGGUGGAAAGAAGUCACAACUGGAGUGAUUCUAGGGCAAGACAGGAAACUAGAGAUGAACCCAAAGGAGGAGAAGCAAAGAAAGAAGAGGAAAAGACUCAGGAGGAGGAGGAGGAGGACCCUUACACGUUUGCGGAGAUUGAUGAGAAUGAGUAUGACAUGAUUCUGAGCAGCAUGAGUGUAAAGAAAAAACCUGGAAGCCAGUCUUUCAUCAUCAACAGACCUCCUGCGCCCGUGCCCCGACCCACCACUGCCUUCCCCAAAGAGGAGACUACGCCUUACAUAGCUCAAGUUUUCCAACAGAAGGCAGCCAGAAGACAAUCUGACAGCGACAAGUUCCAUGGUCUUCCUAAGAAACCAGACAAAGCUCGGAUGGAGAGCCCAGCCACAUCCACUCCAAGGGACUACCUGGCAGCCGGGCAGGAAGAACUCAUCCUCCUGCAAGAGAAAGUCAAAAAUGGGAAGCUGUCUGUGGAUGAAGCCCUGGAGAAAUUCAAACACUGGCAGAUUGGAAAGAGCAGCCUGGAGAUGAUUCAGAAGGAAAAGCUACGCCAACUACGAGACAGCAUUAUUGGGAAGAGGCCAGAAGAAGAAAAUAUCUGUGAUAAACUCACCAUUGUGCACCACCCAAGUGGUACCGCUGCCCGCAACGAAAACAUGUUACAUAACACCCCCUUUAGCAAUAAGCUUCCUGCUCCACUCCAAGUUGAAAAAGAAUUUGGUUUCUGUUGCAGGAAAGAUCAUUAAAGAAGGUAAUAGAAUGAAACUCCAGACUGCAGGCCCUGUGCUGUCUGGGAGAAGAUAGCUGGCGUUUGGAUUUUCUUCUCCCUCCAGGGCAACUCUGUACUGUGAAUUCUUGGGAGCGGAAGCACGCCUGGGAUUCGGGAACCUGGAAUCACCGGGGCGUGUUCUCCGUGCCUUCUCACACGCUUCCAUCUGGGCAGAAAGAGCGCAUCAUUGACCAACGGUGUUCUGGGAAAAUGCUUGGGCUUUGCAAUGACUUUGCUGCCUAAGAAAUGAGUUCUUACUUUGCGAAUUAAAGAAAAGUAAGAGGAGAGAAGGUAGAUGCUGUACAGCAAGGUGACAGGACCCCUCGAGGGGCCAGCCGUCACUUUGCAGUCACCUUGACAGUACAGACUGCCCUGCCUACACGUUUGCCUUUGAACCGCAGGUCUGCUGCCUGUAUUUCUUACAACCAAAUCUCAUACUACUUUUGUUAUAUCGUGUUUUCCAGAAGCCUUCCUGUAUUUAGUGCCUCUCUGCGUGUAACCCUCAAAAACCUUAUAUUUAAAUUUUUUUCAGCACUUCAAUUUAAUAUGCAUUUCCAUAACCUAUAUUUUUCAUUAAAAAGCUCUAAAAUGUCAUCUACUUAUUUCUUCGAAACAAUUUACUAGCUUAAAAUAGAAUGCAGCGUUAUCACAUUACUAUUUCCA